GACAGUAUCGGACGUCAUUCGCGACGACGCGACGGCGAGAAACGGUGGUUAGCGUAUCGAGAGGCACGCGCGCGACGGUUGGUUUCCGUUCAUCAUGACAGAGGAGGCCCGCAAGGAGGUUCGCGUUUGGUGCGAUGGAUGUUAUGAUAUGGUGCACUUUGGUCAUGCUAAUUCUCUGAGGCAAGCUAAAGCUUUAGGAGAUUAUUUGGUGGUAGGUGUUCACAACGAUGAAGAAAUUACGAGACACAAGGGGCCUCCGGUCUUCACUGAACAAGAAAGGUACAAAAUGGUGCGCGGCAUUAAGUGGGUAGAUGAAGUAGUUGAAGCUGCGCCCUACGUCACUACAUUAGAAACAUUAGAUAAGUACAAUUGCGAUUUUUGUGUUCACGGGGAUGAUAUUACAAUGACGGCUGAUGGAGUAGACACAUAUCAUCUAGUCAAGGCAGCUGGUCGUUACAGGGAAGUUCAACGAACUGCUGGCGUUUCAACGACGGAUCUUGUAGGACGUAUGUUAUUGAUGACACGACAGCAUUUUCGGCAGGGCGAUAACGAGUACAGUGUCGAUAGAGAACCGAGCAAGCGUAUGGGACAAGAUCGUACUGCUCGGAGUCCGUGGACUGGUUGUUCGCAAUUUUUGCCAACUACCCAAAAAAUUAUACAAUUCAGCGACGGCAAAAGUCCGCAGCCGGACGACAAAAUCGUAUACGUUGCCGGCGCAUUCGAUCUCUUCCAUGUGGGACAUUUGGAUUUCCUGCAGGUCGCCAAGAAGGAGGGCGACUACCUCAUUGUCGGCUUACACACGGAUCCCGCUGUUAACCGAUACAAAUGCGGCAAUCAUCCCAUUAUGAAUCUUCACGAACGAGUUCUCAGUGUGCUAGCGUGCAAGUAUGUAAAUGAAGUUGUAAUUGGUGCUCCUUAUGAAGUAACGAGAAAUCUGAUGGAACAUUUCAAUGUGUCUGUUGUGUGUCAUGGACAAACGCCUAUAAUGCCAUGUGAGGAUGGCUCAGAUCCGUAUGCGGAACCGAAAAGGCAAAAUAAAUUUAAAUUGUUAGAUAGUGGUAACGACAUGACGACGGAAAAAAUUGUUGAAAGAAUCAUUCUUCACAGGUUGGAAUACGAGGAUAGAAAUUUAAGGAAGGAGAAAAAAGAGCUUGCCGCUUACGAAGUCUUCACGAAGUCUAACAAAAAUGACAGGAUUGAAUAACUAUCUUUUUCUUCGCAAACGUUUGCGGUGUGUAUGUGUGAUAAUCAGAUUUUAUAUAAAGUCAAUAUGUAAAUAUGAUGUCACACCGACACUUAAUUUAUCAUUUCAAAAUGCCUUACAUAGAAUAAAUAUUAAAGUAAAUAUUUAUAAUUAUUCAAUGUGCUAGAAUUGGUUAGCAACGUGGAAAUGAACGCUGAUUUUAAUUUAUUGCAAUAUGCAGUGAAAAAUAGUAAACGGACGAUGAUUGUCAAAUCGGUCGAACAUUUUAUAUGCCAGGUGUGUCAGAACUAUCGCUAUUUUUAUCAUUUGUAUGAUUUUUUAUCAAUCUUAAGUUCGUUUUCUUUAAUAAACGUGUGUCUAGGAUUAAAAAUGGGUAAUAAUAUUUUAUCAUUGCUAUUUUGCUUAUUUUUACUUUAAAUAGAAAAAUAUGAUGUUAUUAUAAGAUUGAAAAACUAUUUAAUACUAUUAUGUAAUACGUAUAUGCGACAUUUUCUUACAAAUCAAUUAUUUAUCGAUCUGCGAGAAACAGAACUCAAAAAUUGUAUUACAAAACAAACUUUAUCUUAGUCUUUAAAUUAAAUUACGAGUAUAUUAUAAAUAUCAUACUGAUUGUUGGGCUGAACUUCUCAGCUUAAAUAAUCUAACUUUGAAUUUUGAUUUCUAGUCGCAGGCGAUAGUUCUGGAACAUUAUAUAUCGAUUCUUUGAAAACGAGGAUUGUUUUAAAAAUAUAUCGUAUGUUAUAAAGCUUUUAAAUGUAGAUAUACUUAGUAAUUAUCGUUUUAUCACACAAUGUAUGGACAUUGUGAUGUCGUUGCUUAAUUCGGACAUUGCAAAAAAUAAUCAUAAUGUGAUUGUAAUAAAUAAUCUUGUUGGAUGUAUUAUAAAAAUUAAAAUCUAAUAUUCUUUAAGUCAAGACGUUGAAUUUCGACUACUUUCGCACAUGUACUGUUUUCUUUCAUCACGCAAUAAUUUUAUUCUAUCGUUCUAUAUUUUCUUUCUGCUUUUUUCGCAUAUGUUAUAGCAUUUGUUGUUUGUUCAAAGCUUCAAAGUUUUCGACAAAUGCAAACAAAUGCAAAUAUUGAACCGAAUAUUGAUGUUCGGUUUUCAGGAAAUAAUCAUACUCGUCGUGCAAUAUAAAUGUUUAUGUAUGUUUAUAUUUAUGAAAUAUUUUACGCGCUUAAAAACGAAAAUGUAUCAAAACACGAUUGUGUACAUGAAUGAAUAUUUUAUCCAUGAAUCAUGAAAUAGUCGAGAUUGGCAAGUAAAGAGCUAGACUCGAUUUGGUCUAAUCAAUUGGAAGUUCCUAUGUAUUUACAAAUGCCUAUCAUAUAUUUCUCGACGAUGCGUUUUAUUUGUCACUGGCGGAUAUUUAGACAGAUAUUUAGACUGAAUUUUGCGGUUUAUAAGAUUGAUUAGCAUUACGACAGGCAUGCGUGUCAGAUAAAUUAUGAUGCGUAAUUGAAGUAUUAGGUUUUUUAAAUUAGAAUAUCCUUCUCAAUAUCCAAAAAUAUCAACAGAACCAAAGAAGCUAGUUUAAAGCGCACAUCAGAUAGAUUGAACGAGUUCCGUAUGUCUGAAUUUUAACUGUUUGUGUCUGAGGAACGAGAAAAAUGCUUAGUUAUUUGUUCAUAAAUUUAAUCGUGCUGUAGCAUACAGAAUGUUCUAGAUAAACUGAAUUUGAACAUUAAACGAUUCCGCUUAUUGAUGUAUGACGUCAAUGAUAUGAUGAUCUGUCAAGCCUUCAACAAGCCAGAAUCAAUAGGACGGAUAAUUUAUGGUUGAAUGAACAAUUGUUGGGCAAUUCUGAAACAUUAUAUAACGAACACAAGCAAAUUCCUCUAUACGCAAUGUGACGAUAUAAGUACUAUGGUAAUGAUAUUGGCGCCAAUAAAUUUAUAGCGAUAAUUAAACUAGAUUACGCAGGAAGAAGAUUGUAUAGUUUGUGAUUUUCUACCGAAGAAUACGACGCUGAAUAAAAAUUGUAAAAAUAGUGCGCAGAAUUGUCUAAUCCUUUAUUUUAUAAUAAAUAGUCAUUGUACACGA